UUGUUAAUUUGCCGUAAAUAUCUCUUGAUUUGUACUCAAGAGUGAAGCAAGACUCCAAGGAAGAGAGAUUGACGCAUCGGGAGCGAAGGACAGAAACGAUGGAUGGUUACGCUGCUUGGGUCUCGGCACGUUCGAAUUGGCAAAGUUCCGAAUUUGUCGCUGUGUUUUGUACGCUUGUGCGCUAGUCAUUUGCCGUCAUCGCGCGGAGAUAUUUGCGCUGGAUGUCUUUCACUUCGUGUACAAAACUCUGCACGCUGCGGCAUCGAAGAAGUUGUCCUGUGUUUGGGUGCACGUAUGCGCUUGGACACGGAUAUAUCCUGCUUGCUGUCAACGGGUGUUCAACAGUCUACGCGCACUCGUAACUUGCAUCAUGAGGCAAGUUGCUGUUGUGCUGGAGCUGAGAAGAGGUCUGCUGCCUGCAAUGGGUCCAUCUCUCUCAAGUUAUCGCAGUAUUGUAGCUCUCAAAGUUCAAAAAAGUAUGGUGGAAGCUGUUGCCAAGGUUCCGACCAGAAAAGACAGCCAGUAUAAAAGGGUCCACACCACUGAUCUCUACUACAGGGGAUGGACAGCACAUCGAGCACCCUCGACUGAAGCCAACCUUGUCCCGGAAGUUGGUGCUUCACAACUUUGCGGCAGCACUUCGUUUGCACGGCCUGUGGAGACAAGGUUUCUUAGACAUGGCCAUGGCCCUCAAGGAAGAUGCCGAGGCCACAGGCAGUUCCUCCAGUGACCGUGAAAAGGUCCCCUGGGGCACAAGUCUAAUUUGGCACCCCUACCUUUCUCCUGCAGCUUUUCUGUCUACUUAGCUAACCAGCAGCAAGUUUAUCCUUGCAAGCAUUUUGGGUCAAGAACAACUUUCACCAGGAAGAAGUGCAAGACGAGUGAUUGAAGAAAAUAAAGUUGCUUCUGUGAUCUAAGAA